CUCUCUGACGGGGAGGGGGGGAUCGUUUGCUCGUCUCUACCCACCAUCUUUGGGGGGAGUCCCCGCUUUUGGGGGGAGGGUCUGCGCGUGUGGGGAGCAGUCCAGGCGCCCUUCCCGGUUGGGGUGAAGAGAAAGAAGGGAGCUUGCAACAUCCGCCGCCUGCUAACCAGCAUUAUUCUUAUUUAUCGCCUCUCCCGUUGCGCCCAUGCUUGUUCUGUCAGUUUCGUUUUAGGAACUGAAUUGCAGGGGCUGAAGAAAAUGGGGCAACCCGUGCCUCAGACUCUCCUGCUUUUGGUGGCGGGGCUUUUGGGGGAGUCUUUGGGAGGAUUUCCCAACACCAUCAGCAUAGGUGGACUUUUCAUGAGAAAUACUGUUCAGGAGCACAGUGCAUUUCGAUUUGCUGUGCAGUUAUACAACACAAACCAAAAUAUCACGGAAAAGCCCUUCCAUUUGAACUAUCAUGUAGAUCAUUUGGACUCCUCCAACAGUUUUUCAGUGACUAACGCUUUUUGUUCACAGUUUUCUAGAGGAGUUUAUGCCAUCUUUGGAUUCUAUGACCAGAUGUCCAUGAACACACUGACAUCAUUUUGUGGAGCUCUGCACACGUCCUUUGUCACACCCAGCUUCCCAACAGAUGCAGAUGUGCAGUUUGUCAUUCAGAUGCGGCCAGCGUUAAAAGGAGCCAUCCUGAGCCUUCUGACUCAUUACAAAUGGGAAAAGUUUGUAUACCUCUACGAUACAGAAAGAGGAUUUUCCAUUCUUCAGGCAAUUAUGGAAGCAGCAGUACAAAACAACUGGCAAGUGACAGCCAGGUCUGUGGGAAGUAUAAAGGACGUUCAGGAAUUUAGGAGAAUCAUAGAGGAAAUGGACAGACGACAGGAAAAAAGAUACUUAAUCGACUGUGAAGUAGAGAGAAUAAACACAAUUUUGGAACAGGUUGUAAUCCUUGGUAAACAUUCCAGAGGUUAUCACUACAUGCUAGCUAACCUGGGUUUUACAGAUAUUAUACUGCAGAGAGUAAUGCAUGGAGGCGCCAAUGUUACUGGAUUCCAGAUUGUCAACAGUGAAAACCCAAUGGUUCAACAGUUUCUACAACGCUGGAUUAGACUGGAUGAAAGGGAAUUCCCUGAAGCCAAGAACUCUCCAUUAAAGUAUACGUCUGCACUGACCCAUGAUGCAAUACUAGUCAUAGCAGAGGCUUUCCGCUACCUCCGAAGACAGCGUGUUGAUGUUUCCAGGAGAGGUAGUGCUGGAGACUGCCUAGCAAACCCUGCAGUGCCCUGGAGCCAAGGAAUCGAUAUAGAAAGAGCACUGAAAAUGGUACAAGUCCAAGGAAUGACUGGAAAUAUCCAGUUUGACACCUACGGACGCAGAACAAAUUACACAAUUGACGUGUAUGAAACUAAAGCCACUGGAUCACGGAAGGCUGGUUACUGGAAUGAAUAUGAAAGAUUUGUGCCAGCACUAAACCAGCAAGUGUCUAAUGACACUUCAUCUGUGGAGAAUAGAACAAUAGUAGUCACUACCAUCCUGGAAUCGCCAUAUGUAAUGUAUAAGAAAAACCAUGAACAACUAGAAGGGAAUGAGAGAUAUGAAGGAUAUUGUGUAGACUUAGCUUAUGAAAUAGCAAAACAUGUUGGAAUAAAAUACAAACUGUCAAUUGUUGGAGAUGGGAAAUACGGAGCUAGGGACCCCGAGUCUAAGAUAUGGAAUGGCAUGGUGGGUGAACUAGUCUAUGGGAGAGCAGACAUAGCUGUUGCUCCACUCACCAUAACGUUGGUACGAGAAGAAGUCAUAGACUUUUCAAAACCUUUUAUGAGUCUGGGCAUCUCCAUCAUGAUCAAGAAGCCUCAGAAAUCUAAACCUGGCGUAUUUUCCUUUCUGGAUCCUUUGGCUUAUGAAAUUUGGAUGUGUAUAGUCUUUGCUUACAUUGGAGUCAGCGUAGUUCUUUUCCUAGUCAGCAGAUUCAGUCCUUAUGAAUGGCAUUUGGAAGAUAACAAUGAAGAACCGCGUGACCCCCAGAACCCUCCUGACCCUCCAAAUGAGUUUGGAAUAUUUAACAGCCUUUGGUUUUCCCUGGGUGCCUUUAUGCAGCAAGGAUGCGAUAUUUCUCCAAGAUCUCUCUCAGGACGAAUUGUUGGAGGAGUCUGGUGGUUCUUCACACUCAUCAUCAUCUCUUCAUACACUGCCAAUCUUGCUGCCUUCCUUACUGUGGAAAGGAUGGUCUCUCCCAUAGAAAGUGCAGAGGAUCUGGCAAAGCAAACUGAAAUAGCCUAUGGAACCUUGGAUUCAGGAUCAACCAAAGAAUUUUUUAGAAGAUCAAAAAUAGCAGUCUAUGAGAAAAUGUGGUCGUAUAUGAAGUCAGCAGAGCCAUCUGUAUUUACCAAAACAACAGCUGACGGGGUCGCUAGGGUGCGGAAGUCAAAGGGAAAGUUUGCCUUCCUCCUUGAAUCGACCAUGAAUGAGUAUAUCGAGCAGCGAAAGCCAUGUGACACAAUGAAAGUUGGUGGGAACCUGGAUUCCAAAGGCUAUGGAGUAGCAACUCCGAAAGGCUCAGCAUUAAGAAAUGCUGUUAACCUGGCAGUAUUAAAACUGAAUGAGCAAGGCCUCUUGGACAAAUUGAAAAACAAAUGGUGGUACGACAAAGGAGAGUGCGGCAGCGGGGGAGGUGACUCCAAGGACAAGACAAGUGCUCUGAGCCUGAGCAAUGUUGCUGGGGUUUUCUAUAUUCUUGUUGGAGGUCUCGGUCUCGCCAUGAUGGUUGCUUUGAUAGAAUUCUGUUACAAGUCUCGUGCAGAGUCCAAACGAAUGAAACUCACAAAGAAUACACAAAACUUUAAACCUGCUCCUGCAACCAAUACCCAGAAUUAUGCUACAUACAGAGAAGGCUACAACGUGUAUGGAACAGAAAGUGUUAAAAUCUAAGGGUACGAUUCAGGUCUAGUAAGCUAAUAAACUGGUUUAUAUUUUGCUAAUAUCUGUUCUCCCCCCCCCCAGCAUGAGUAAUUUUUCAGAGUUAUUAUAUGUAUCAGAGUGAAGGAGCUGCAAUAAUUUUCAUAAUAGUGUCUGGAAAAGCUCUUCCACAAUACACAGUAAUAUUUGUGAUUUUAUUUGUUUUCUUAAUCAAAAAGAGACCAGUUUCCAUUCCACAUCUUUAAUGGCGGUGCCAGAAUUGAUGCUGAAGUGAAAGACUGUUGUAUCUGAGGUUCUGACAUUUCAAUAGCACAGUGUUUCAAAAAGUUCUACCCAUCCAUCCCUUUAAAUAUUAACUGUACAGUUAGAAAUCUUUUCUGCUUUGCUUGUGAUGUUUUCCCCUUUUUUUUUUUAAGAAGUUAUGCUCAAUUCAGCUAAGUGCUUCUAGGAAGUCUGGUAAAUAUUGUACAUGCUCCUGAUGACAAAUUUAGAAAAAUAUCUCGAAUUCUACAAUAGAAGUGGGUGAUUUCUUCAUGACAAAAGUACAAGUUAACUACCAAAUCAGUGCCUUUCCAGAAGUUUUUGAACAGAGUAAUUUACAUAUUACACCUAUAGAUAAACUAAA